AAAUUCGCUCACUUUUGGCCCGGUGGAAGUUUCCUCUUGAAUGGAAAAAAGCCAAUCGUUUACCGACUUGUUACCCAAUCGCGUACAGGGACAACCCCCAAGAACGUGAGACUGUUUUCAUCCGCCUCAAUUACGAAGAGAAACCGCACUGGCGAGAUUUUUUAUGUGCAUUCCGAUUGGCUAAAGUUGCGAGACUUGGCUACCUCAACUAUGAUUGACGACUAAUCAGCCAAUAGGAUGUGGCAUGAUUUGGCGGCCUUUUUGGACUUACCGAAGCGAACGACAUCUAGAGUUGCUCUUCUGGUGGCUUCAGACAUUGAUGCCUUGUGCGCGUGCAAAAUUCUUCAGGCCCUUUUUCAUUGUGACCAUGUCCAGUAUACAUUGGUUCCUGUCUCGGGCUGGCAGGAUCUUGAAACUGCAUUUCUGGAACACAAAGAGCAGUUCAAGUACUUUGUUUUGAUAAAUUGCGGUGCCAAUGUGGACCUUCUUGAGACACUUCAGCCAGAAGACGAUUCCAUUUUUUUUAUUUGUGACACCCAUAGACCCGUAGAUGUCAUCAAUGUCUACAAUGACUCACAGAUUAAACUCUUGAUUAAGCAAGAUGAUGACCUUGGAAUUCCAUCUUAUGACGACAUCUUCAGAGAUGAUGAUGAUGAAGAAGAGGGAAAUGAAGAUGAUUCUGGGAAUGAGAGUGAUGAUGGCCAAGAGCCAUCUGGAAAAAGAAGGAAGUUUGAAGGAGAUGCUGUAGAGAGAAGAAUAGAAAGACGAAGAGAACGGAGAGAGUGGGAAGCUCGAAGAAAAGAGAUAUUAUUUGAUUAUGAGCAAUAUGAAUAUCAUGGAACCUCUUCUGCCAUAAUAAUGUUUGAGCUGGCCUGGGUAAUGUCUAAAGAUUCCAAAGAUAUGCUCUGGUGGGCAAUUAUUGGCUUAACAGAUCAGUGGGUUCAAGACAAAAUCACAAACAUCAAGUAUGUGACGGAUGUUGCUACAUUGCAGCGUCAUGUUUCCAGACACAGCCAUAGCAAUGAAGAUGAGGAAAAUUUAUUGUCCAUUGACUGCUUAAGAAUCUCAUUUGAAUUUGAUUUGCGUUUGGCUCUGUACCAGCACUGGUCUCUCUAUGAGAGUAUUUGCAAUUCAUCUUACACUUCAUCCUAUUUUAAGAUAUGGUCCAUCCACGGUCAAAAGAAACUACAAGAAUUCCUUGCUGACAUGGGCCUUCCACUGAAGCAAGUGAAGCAGAAAUUCAACUCCAUGGAUAUAACAAUUAAGGAAAAUCUCAGAGAAGUGAUAGAAGAGUCUUCAAAUAAGUUUGGAAUGAAGGAUAUUCGAAUACAGACGUUCAGUGUCCAUUUUGGGUUUAAAAAUAAAUUCUUGGCUGCUGAUAUUGUGUAUGCAGCUGGGGCACUUCUUGAAAACACUGAAACGGAAGACAGCAAGACUGACAACUUUAUAAAGGCAUUGGACUGCCUCUCCAGAAGUAACUUGGAUAAGCUACAUGAUGGUAUCGAGAAAGCAAAGAAAAAACUAAUUGCCAUUCAACAAACCGUGGCCAGCUGCAUCUGCACCAACCUAAUCAUUUCCCAAGGGCCUUUCCUCUACUGUUAUCUCAUGGAGGGAUCUCCAGAUGUAAAAAUGUUUUCUAAGCCAAUGUCUUUAAGUCUUCUGAGUAAAUGUCUUCUCAAGGCAUUUAUUUGUUCUACUAAGAAUAAGCGCUGUAGGUUACUGCCACUCAUAAUGGCUGCACCUCUGGACCUGGAGAAGGGUACAGUGAUUGUUGUUGGUAUUCCACCAGAAUCUGAGAGUUCGGAUAAAAAAAAUUUCUUCGGCAGAGCAUUUGAAAAGGCAGCUGAAAGUACUUCAUCUAGGACUCUUCAUGAUCACUUUGAUAUGUCUAUAAUUGAACUGAAGACGGAGGACCGCAGUAAAUUUCUGGAUGCCUUAAUCACAUUGCUGUCAUAAAGAUGUGAAGAUUAUUGAAGACUUGGCACUUGCCACCUUUAAAUGUACUUCAAACUGUUUUAAAUGUAUAUAAUGUAAAUUAUUGGCCUGCUUCAUUGUGAUAAUUUGUAAAUAAAAUACUUUAUCAUUCUA